CUCUCUGCCUCUCCUUCUCCGACACACUCAAACACACACCCUCCACCCCCAUCGCUGCAGUGUCUCAACUGCCUUGGAGCAAGCAAGAGAGGAUACAGAACACAGACGGUUAGAAGACAGAGGAAGAGGGCCGCUGAAAGAGACGCACACAGACAGAGAGAGAGAGAGAGAAAGAGUGAGAGGCGUACUUUGUGUGUGCAGUGAAAAUGAGGACGGCAUGAAGAUGAAGCAGAGGCACUGAAGGUGGAUUGCACUGAGCCUUCUCCUUUCCCUGCAAGGGCUUGUCUGCAGUAUCCUUUUGUAAACGGAUGCUGGCUUGAGAUCACGGCUUCCUGUCCUCUGGGAGAAAUCUAACAGAAGAAGAGGAGGAAAAGUUUUCAUCACCUGGAUCAAACAAAACUGGCUAAAUAUCGAACGGAGGUGCAUGGUUACAACACGGCACAAGAGCCAUGUGGGAGGAGAGUGACUGGGAUUUCAUAUUUACGAGCAUCAAGUCCAAUUAUUUUCUCUGCUGACAUACAAUAACCUUUCCCCAGCCUUUCACCAGUGCUUUUCCUCAGGGGGAGCCCCUGCUAUGAACCCCAGCUCUGUUGGCUUCAGCAGGCAGUCAAACCUCAGGGCCAGGGACUGUGUGGGCAUCCCACAAGUCUGGGUUCUGCCUACACAGAACUCACAGACUGCCCCUGAAGAAAAAGAAUGAAAUACUCCUGAGUCACUCCUGCGUGUGGUCCCUUUGCUGUCUCGUGUUAUCACUGAUUUCUUGUCUGGAUCCUUCCCUGAAUCCUUUGCGCUCUUACAGAAAUAGUCUCCAGCUCCUCCACCGCCGCCACCACCACCUCCUAUUGAUCCACUUCUUCAUCAUAAUUUGCUUCCCCAUCCAGAGGCAGCACGAGUUCCUUUGUGCUAACGACGUGGUGGAGGACCAUGGGAUGCCGUCAGAGCUCGGAGGAGAAGGAAGCGGCUCGGCGCUCCAGGCGGAUCGACCGCCAUCUGCGCUCAGAGAGUCAGCGGCAACGCCGUGAGAUCAAGCUUCUCCUGCUGGGCACCAGCAACUCCGGAAAGAGCACCAUUGUUAAGCAGAUGAAAAUCAUUCACAGUGGUGGCUUCAACCUGGAAGCCUGCAAGGAGUACAAGCCUCUCAUCCUCUACAACGCCAUCGACUCUCUCACCCGCAUAAUCCGAGCUCUCACCACCCUUAAGAUUGACUUUCACAAUCCCGAUCGCGCCUACGACGCCGUUCAACUCUUUGCCCUCACGGGGCCAGCUGAGAGCAAAGGGGAGAUCACCCCAGAGCUGCUGGGGGUGAUGAAACGUCUGUGGGCAGACGCAGGGGUCCAGGAGUGCUUUCAGCGCUCCAACGAGUACCACUUAGAGGACAACACCGCCUACUACCUAAACGACCUGGACCGCAUCUCCGCACCCGAGUACAUCCCCACUGUGGAGGACAUCCUGCGCUCCCGCGACAUGACCACAGGCAUCGUGGAGAACAAGUUCACCUUCAAGGAGCUCACUUUUAAGAUGGUGGAUGUGGGUGGACAGCGUUCGGAGAGGAAGAAGUGGAUUCACUGUUUUGAGGGCGUGACUGCAAUCAUAUUCUGUGUUGAGCUGAGUGGCUAUGAUCUAAAACUCUACGAGGACAACCAGACGGUAAGGAACAUUUCUGUUUUGGGACACUUACCCAAUUGUAGUCAGAUGUUUGUCAUUCACUCCUCACAUGUUUAAAGUUGCUGUCGGUUU